AUGGCUUCCACAUACAGUCAUGAGUGGAGAGCAGUUUGCGACAAAUUUAAUAAUGCUCAAGAUCUAUCUGAAGUAGAAUCAAGAAAAGACCCAGAAAAUGACCCUUUUCGAUCGAAGUAUAAGGCAAGGGAGCUUUUGAGAGAGAUUUACUGCUCCUUGAAGAAUUUCGAUGUCGGUGAAAACGAGAGCGUCAAUGAUGAAGCCGACCAGCGCCCGACAGAGCAGCCGGUUGACGGAGGAAUGGAGGAGGGCUUUGGGAGAGGCCACUGUGGAGAUUCCCCAGCCGGAUCAAGAGCAGCUAAACUCGGGGCGGUGGAGUAUUAUCUUGGUGUAAACCACGUGGAAACAGAAGAGCUGUCUGCUGGAGAGGAACAUUUAAUGAAUUGCAUGACAUUGCUGGAGAAGUGCAGCAUAUCACCAGAGAACGUGUCUUUGUUCAUCCAAGUCAGGAAUCAACUGGGCAUUCUGUGGGCUGGCAGGGAUGAAAUUGAGAAAGCCCAAGGAUUUUUGGAAACUGCAGAAGCAAUGUAUAUUCGGUACAUGAAAGAGGAUGGGCAACCCCCAAUGGACCUCACCGAGUUCUUUGUGGCAGAGGAAGAAGCAUUACCCCAACAGGAGAGGACCAAGAGAUUUGAAAUGGCUUAUACCCACACACUGUACUAUCUUGCACAAGUGUACAAGAACUUGGAGCAGUAUGAGAAAGCUGGGGGCUACUGCCACAGCACUCUGCAGAGACAGCUGAAAUUCAACCAAUUCAUUCCUCUGGAAUGGGCCAUCAACGCAGCCACGUUAUCACAAUAUUACAUCACCAAGAACCUCUACAUGGAGGGCAGGCACUGUCUAUCUGCUGCCAGUGUCAUAGCAGACCUGGCCGGGGAGGUCCCCUCAGAAGCUGCUGCCCAGGAGAGUGAAGCUGAAGCUGAGAAGCGAGACCAACUUAGACAGAAGAGAGCUGAAAUAGCCAGGUGUUGGAUAAAAUACUGUCUUAAUUUGUUGCAAGAUGCCAAGAAACUUCUCGAGGACAACAUUGGAGAGCUAGAUAUGGAUCGUCAAGCAGAGCUGAGAGCAACACGGCUACAGGAGGAGGAGGAGAAAGAGAGGGGAAGGAAGAGUGCUGUUCUGUUUGGUUCCACUGACACCUUUGACUCCAUCUGUGGUCUGGAGGAGAAAGUGAGUUGUGUGUUCCCUGUGGACUUUGAGGAAGCCCGCGCCAUCUUCCUGGUUGGCCAGACCUACGUAAAUCAGGCCAAGGAGUACUUUGAGAUGGACGGCCACGUCACAGACCACAUCGAGAUCCUGCAGGACCACAGCGCUCUCUUCAAGGCCCUGGCUUUCUUUGAGGAGGACAUGGAGCGUCGCUGCAAGAUGCACAAGCGGCGUGUGGACAUGAUGGAGCCCAUCUGCAAAGACCUGAACGCCCAGUACUACCUGCUCGUCUGCCGCCAGCUGCAGUUUGAGCUGGCUGAGACCUACUACGAGAUGAUGGAUCUCAAGCUGGCCGUGGCCAACAAGCAGGACGACUUGGAUGCGCACACGGUCAAGAAGUUUAACCACCUCUGCUCCUCCUCCACCAGGUUCUACCAGAUGUUCCUUGACUCCGUCCGCUCGCCAGAGGGCAAAUGGCCGGAGAAACUGGAGGAUGAGGUGCUGAGGCCGGCACUGGUGGCUAAGUUCCGGGUGGCUCGUCUCCACAGCAGGCUGAUCUCGUCCAGCAAAACCGUUCAGCUGGAGAACCUGAACCGCUCCCUGGAGUGCUACAACUUUGUGGUCCAGUACUGCAAGGACAACCCAGAGGCUAAAAGCGCCAUUGAGACAGAGCUGGAGCUGAGCGAAGAGAUGGUCAGCCUUCUGCCCCUCAAGAUCAACCGACUCCAGGCAAAUCUGGCCUCCUCUAACGGACUCUAAAUGUGUCCUAAACGCUACAUGACACACCCCUAUCAUAUAUUGCAUAUGUAAUUCUCCUUAACCCCCAUCUGCAUUUCCUGAUGUCACUGUGUAAAUUGUUACUCUUGGACCAAUUAACCACACCUUUAAUAUCUUAAAACAAUUAGUUAUAUGCAUGAUAACACAUUCAUUGCCUAAUUUAUUUGUUCUAGCUGAUUGAAAAUAACUUAUGUUGUAUGGAAUGUAGAUAUGUAGCUAAAAACAAUGUAAUGGAAACAUGAAUUAACUGAUGUGAUAUUUGUUUUAAAGGGAUGUUUUUCGGUUUAUUUCCAAUUGACAACCAAAAAUAAACAAAGUGCAAAUCA